GCUAAAUUGAGCGACCAUGCACGUGACUGCCGGAAAUGUCUUGGCGUCUGAGACCUCCAGGUUCGGAUGCCCCUGUAAACAUCGGCUGACAUACAUAUAUCUAGGUACCCUCUGUCAUAUACAGCAGACGAACCAACGGAGAUAUGGAAUGAGACCCUGUUGCAUCGUCGUUUCUCCGCGGCAAAUCAAUCGACACAAUGGGUGAUCAAGAAAGGACCAUCAUCACUCAUUACAACCUACCAACCGCGUUUCCAAAGGAAUGGCCCAAGGAGCUAGAUGAGAGUGACGACGACGAUCUGCCGGAUGCAGUCGGUGUCAGGCGCUCUAGAUCGCGCUACUCAGCCUUGGAAAGGAGUGCGAGCGAACGAAAGAGUCUGCUUCCUGGUUCCCAACAGACUAGAGAUGGCCGAGCGAACCUCGUCCAAAAAGACGAACCUGACCCCUUGGGAGCAUAUCCCAGUGUGGUCACUGUGUUGAGAAACUACAACAUCCCUGCCGAGGAUGCUCGUGCCCGGAACAGAUUCAUGCUGUCCUCCACCACCUUUUCUCCAGGCAUGUUUUUGUCCUUGACUCAUCGUGAAGCAUCAACAGAAGAUCUACUCCGUGGACUAGAAUACCUGUCCAGAUCCAUCGAUCAAAAGUCGGCUUCUUUGAAAUCAUUGGUUGAAACCAACUUCGAACGCUUUGUCCGAGCUAAGGCCACAAUCGACAAUGUAUACACCGAGAUGCGGAAUCAAGGCGUGAACGAACCUGCUGCCGCGCCUGCAGCUGCAUCGCCUCGACAUUCACGCCGCACCAGCGGCAUGCAUUUCCGCAAUGUCAGUAGCGGGAGUGCUGCUGGGUUGACGACACCAGCGCCGCCACCUCCAAGCAAAAAUGCCCUUCGAAAGGAGACGGAUUAUGGCGUGCAAGGGAUCAAAGCACCACUCUUGGAGGUCUCGCAAAAGGCUGAGGACGUCUGGGGUCCGGCUCUUGGUGGCAAAGAGCGUGAGGCCAACUUGAAAGCCAUCGCCGAAGCCAUUGCGAAGAAUCGCGCAUUAUACGAGCUGGGCUCGAAUCUGAGUUAUGCGAUUCGACAGAAAGACUAUGAUAGGGUUUUGGAGCUCUAUGAUGCUGCUCGACAAUAUGUGUCCGAAGCCAAGGAACUCAGCGAGAGUGUAGCACAGUACGGUCGCACGCUCUCGGACGAUCAGGUCCACAGAAUCCUGGCGAUUGGGCGGAUGUGGCACGAUGCAGAAGAGCAAGCCAAGAGUCUGAAAAGGGAUCUUUGGCGCCGAUUGUCCAACGUUUCAGCCGCAAUGCCACUUCCAGGAGCGUCCCAAGCAGAGGAACACAUCGAACUCAUUCGUGUGCUAUUACAUCUUGGUGUUGAGGAGAGCCCAAUCUGGAUCUUCCUUCUGGAACGGUACGACUAUCUGAAAAAUAAAAUCGCGGCGGUGGUCGAAAGAUCGAAAAUUGAGAUUGAGAUCCUGCGUCGUCGACUUGCAGCCGGAGAGGCAUCAUCGUCUGAGACGGUCGCUGCAUUCCUCCGACAAGCGUCCAAAGACCGCCCAGAUGCUCUUGAUAGCGAGGACGUCGUUGACUUCUGGAACUGCAUUGUGACCUAUUUGACAAAAUUGCUUUCUCUCUCAAAUGGACUGCUGGGCGAAGUCGUUGAUUUCUGGGAGUCCGCCCAGUCCUUCAUUGAUGGUAGCAAACAGAAAACACUGCCAUUGGGCUGGGAAGGCGAGAGCAGCAAACACCAUCAGCUGGGCGAGUCUGAGGCCAAUGACCUGCGUAAGGGGCUGGGCGAAUUAGUCGCCCGUCUCAGAGAUGCUGUGUUCUCUCUCUUCGCCGAUCCUCCAACCGAUGAUAUCUCCUCACUCUUCUCGCCACUCCCUGAUUCUGCCGGUACUCCUGCAACUCCUCUCACAGCCGCUGCUUUCUCCCCGACAGACGGCCGCAUCGGCAGAUUGGAUCCACAACAGUUGCCUGCAGCAGCCGCGAAAAAGGGUGAAGCCUGGGAAGACUUCGCUUUCUGGCCGCCACGAUCCAACGCCCUCAGUGCUGUGCAUUACCUCGAAAAGAUCCUUGCCCUUGUCGGAGCAGCUGCCAGUGAGAUGGUAGCUCUGGGUCCGGUGAGCAACAACAAUGCGGUCUAUGACAAGAUCAAAGUCAUGGUCAGUGGAGCUCGCGAAAGGUGCAUGCGUGCGGUCUGUGAAUCAUGGAAUAAGGAUGCUGAAAGUUGCAAAUCCCUCGAAGACUGGAUCAGAACUCCGGAGAAAAGAGACCAGACACGUAUGCCCAUGUACUUUGAAGCAUACGAGCGAAAAGUCUUGUUGGGAAUGCAGCAAGUCUUGUACUUCUCGAACACGAACACCAAACCAGGAAGCCGAGAAAUCAUCACUCCACCGUCUUCCAAGCUUCUGCAGAUGGUCCGCACACAGUUUGUCAGCAGUGUGUACAAAGCCGUCAGCGGCAUGCUUGAAAAUGCAGAAACAUCGACACAAGGUGAGAACAAUGAUUGGGUCAUCGUCACAAGUCUUGAUUCCGUGGCCGAGGGUGCCGCACCAAGUGAGAUGAUAAUGCAAGACGCAAUCAAUCCAUCAAGCCGGAAUACCAAGAUGCUCUUGACGAUGUCGAAUCUCAAAGCACUGCGCAACGAGCAUGUGCCGUCUCUCAUCCAGCUUUUCGAGUCGUCCUUUUCCGUGAAGCUAGCGGAAGAGUCCAAGACGAUCAGAGAUGUCUUCGGCCAGAUCGACGCGAAGCUUUUCCAAUCAUACACGCGGCCAAUGGUUGCAACAUUAGCCAAGAUCAUCAAAGACGGCAUCAAUGCGCCUGACUGGGCCCCGACUACAAGCCGACCAGAUCAAGUCAGACCAUAUGUCUACGCUGCGUUGAUGACUCUGGUCAUGGUUCAUACGGAAGUCUCUACAACCGUAUCGAGUGCAGGUGGGAGCAGUCCUCUCCUGAGCGAGGUCCUGUCGUACCUACUAGAGAACAUGUCCCAGGCUCUUCUGGAUGGCUUUAAAGAGCGCAAGCCAAACACAUACACCUUGCCAGCCCUGAUGCAAGCCACCCUUGACACAGAGUUCAUUGCGCAGACGAUGACACACUAUGCGACGGCCAAGGCUGGGGAGAUUCAAGGACAGAUUUACACCGAAUUGGACAAGCGCACCACCAACGAAGCUAGGACAAGGCUGCAACAGGAACUGGGUGACAUGAGAAUCGUGUUGAAGAAACUUCGCGAAGGCAGCAGGAAUAGCUUUUCUUGUUUUAAGCGACAGCGGACAUCUGAGAAGGAUAGAAGUGGUCGGCCAGAGCGGAAAGCCACUGGCACAUGAAUCGUCCAUGAACACGAAGGG